AUGUCAACUCCAAUCAAGCAUGUUGCUCUUGCAGGUGCGAACGGUUUCUUAGGACGUGUUCUUCUUGAUGUCCUACAGAGGUCGAAAUUAUUUGAGCUCACUGUUCUCACUCGUGAGGGGUCUCGCCACGAAUUCCCUGCUGGCGUUACAGUGAAGAAAGUCGACUACGAGUCAGUCCCCAGUCUCGAAGCUGCGCUCAGAGGACAAGACGCUCUUGUUUCAGCCUUGGCAUUCGACGUAAUCCAUAUUCAGAGGAACGUUGUCGAUGCAGCUUUCAACGCCGGCAUACGAAGAAUGAUUCCAUCCGAGUACGGUAAUGACACCAUGAACCCCAAGCUAGCCGUCAUACCCAUCUACCAGCCCAAGAUUGCAAUUCGCAAGUACCUCGAUGAAAAGGUAGCUGCAAGGCCAUCAUUCUCGUACACCAUCAUCAUGAAUGUCUCCUUCUUGGCGCCUGGGUACGCACUUGACUUUCUUGUGGAUGUCAAGGGCAAGAAAGCUAUCACGAGUUAUAGCACAUAG